AUGUUGAUGCGACCUCUGUUGUAUCUUGUGGCUCUCCUUCUCAGUCUUCACUGCGUGUUUGUGGUGGUGGCUGGUGAAACUGCAAAGGCUGCAGAUGCUCUUCCUCCUGGUCAAGAACCACGACAAGCACAAGGUGCUGAUGAUAGUGGUCCUUGUCCUCAAGGUACUACUGACACUACGUGUAAUACUGCCCGUGUUGAAACUCAACCUUCUUCUGCUGAGUGUGAGAAAUCUCCUGAUGAGAAAGAUUGCCCUCCCAAGGAUCCUACGACUGAAAAGAAUUGUGGUGAAGAAUCUGGUGAUAGUUGUGCACCUAACACACAGAACCAGACUCUAACUAGAGGACAGACUGCUUCUCCGGCUGCUGGUUCUGGUUCUGGUUCUGGGGGCGGUAAUGCUGGUGGUGGUUCUCUUGUUUCUGGUUCUUCUGAACCUAAUCCUACUGUUGCUGCUCCUGCACCUCCUGCUGUUGAUGAGAGUGUUAGGUCGCCUGGACGUGAAAGUGAAAAUGAAAACCGAGAAAGCACCACACCAAGUGGAAUUACGGCAACACAACCGGACGGUGACGCAACACAAACGCCUUCAAACACUUCAGACAACGAGAGUACGGGUGAUUCUGAAAAUACAAACACUGUGAGUGGCACUACAUCUGAAGGGGGUGAAUCAACAAGUAACCAAACUGAAGAAGUGGAAGGUAACACAGAUACAACAACCACUACUACCACCACCACAACUACAACUACAACAACACUUCCUCCUGAACUCACAAACAACAAGAAGGGUGAUGCAGACAGCAGCAGCAGUAUGAGCAGUUCUGUGUGGGUGCGUGUACCACUACUGAUUGUGGUUACACUGGCCUGUAUUCUUGUGGGCUGA